GAAACAAUCCAUCCAAAGUGAAAAUCAAGCCUUUACAUCUCUUGUUAUCAUCAGAUAUCUCCACUACUCCAAAAUGCAUUUUCUAGGGUUAUCACCUCUCCAUCUUCUAUCCCUCGCUCUUCUUCUCCAAGGUGUUCUUGGAGAAAACUCCUAUCUCUAUCACAUCUGCUCCAACUCCGACAACUACACUUCUAAUGGUACCUACGAGACCAAUUUGAACAACUUGAUGACUUCUCUAUCCUAUAGUGUUCCUCGCAGCCGAGGCUUCGGGUAUGUCACAGUUGGGAAAGAUCCUGAUCGAGUAUACGGACUCGGUCUAUGUCGAGGUGAUGUCUCAAGCGCCGACUGUAAAACCUGUAUUGCCGAUGCAAAGACCAAAAUUCUCAAAAGCUGUUCUAAUGAGAAAGAAGCCAUUAUUUGGUACGAUUAUUGUCUUUUGAAAUACUCCAAUUCUGAUUUCUUUGGAAAGAUUGAUACCAAAUACAAAGUUUACAUGUACAACACACAGAAUGUAAGUGAUCCUGACUCAUUCAAUAAGAAAGUUAGAGAGUUGCUGAACGAGGUAGCGACUGAUGCUUAUGAUGAUCAUAAUUCAAAGAUGUAUGCUACUGGAGAACUAGUGAUUGAUGAUUCAGAGAAGCUCUAUGGUUUGGCUCAGUGCACCAGAGAUCUCUCUAGAGCUAACUGCAAGGAUUGCUUGGAUGAUGCGAUAAGUGACCUUCCUAGUUGUUGUGAUGGUAAACAAGGUGGAAGAGUUCUUGGUGGUAGUUGUAAUAUAAGAUAUGAGCUUUACUCCUUUGUAAAUUCUAAUUAG